AGUGGCGCAGUGAGAUUGGAUAACAAAUUCACUCACAGUCAUAAGAAGAAGAAAACUUCCUCACUCUCACACACACUUGACAAUGGCGGCCUCUGCAACGCCUCUAUCUCUCUCCUUCUUCACCUCCUCAAUUUUCCUCACUUCCUCUUCUCACAAACCCCUCUCAACCCUCAUACCCAACAAUCCUCUCAAAACCCCCAAACCCCUCACCAUCUCCUCCGAGCUCGCCACCCUCCCCGUCCUCUCCUUCACCGGCGACAAGGUUGGCGAGACCUUCCUCGACCUUAAAGCCGCCCUCCCCGACACCGCACGUGCCGUCGUCCACCGCGCCAUCAUCACCGACCUCCAGAACAAGCGCCGCGGCACCGCUUCCACACUCACACGCGCCGAGGUCCGCGGAGGAGGCCGGAAACCCUACCCGCAGAAGAAAACGGGUCGGGCUCGCCAGGGGUCGACCAGGACGCCGCUCCGGCCCGGCGGAGGCGUCGUUUUCGGACCCAAGCCCAGGGAUUGGAGCAUCAAAAUCAACCGCAAGGAGAAGAGACUCGCGAUUUCGACGGCGGUAGCGAGCGCGGCGGAGAACACGAUCGUGGUUGAGGAUUUCAGCGACGAGUUCGAGAAGCCGAAGACGAAGGAGUUCAUUGCGGCGAUGAAGAGGUGGGGAUUGGACCCGAACGAGAAGACGACCUUUUUGAUGAGGGAGGUCGCGGACAAUGUGAGGCUUUCGAGUAGAAAUAUUGGGACUUUGAAGAUGUUGACUCCGAGGACUUUGAAUUUGUUUGAUAUUUUGAAUGCGGAUAAAUUGAUUCUGACGCCAGAGAUUGUGGAUUAUCUGAAUGCGAGAUAUGGGUUGAAUUAUGAGGGCGACGAUGAGGACGAAGAAGGUGCAGAGGAAGAAGAUGAAGAAGGAGGAGAAGGAGGAAGUGAAGUUCAAGGAACUGUGUCAGAGGAGAGUUCUGAUGCAGCAGAGUGAUGACACAGAAUGAAGAGUUUUUGUAACCACUUUUUGGCCCCAGAAGAUAACCUAGGAUUCAUUUCGACUUAUCCCUAAUCAAGGGUUUGUGCCUUUUUGGAAGUGUCAACCAUGCUUCGUUCAGAUUGCAGGCUGGUUUCGAAGAUUCACUGUGCAUGAUGUAUUUUUUAUUUUUGGUUAUAAAAUUUGCAAAUCCAAUCCAAUACGAAUGUAUCUAUUUGGACAUCAUUCGAUGUUGUAUUUUUAGAAUGUUGAUAAAAGGCAUAACUUUAUUUGCUUCCACUGUC